AUGAGUGCAGACGAAACUCCAGACGCGACCCCUAUGUUCGCCACAAACGGCGAAGGCCUUCCUGACCCUACCGCAACUACUGGAAAACGGAAGCGCUCCACUCAAGAAGACAAACCGAGCACGGAUUCCAGUGCCUCUGCCGCACGCGAUCGAGUAAAUUUACAUGAAUCUCUUCGCAGCCUCGUUGAGCUUUUGUUGAAACAUGACACCGAGCUCCAACUCCUGUCCUGUCCUUUCCCAAGUACAACCACCAAGCCUCGGACGAAGCGCGCAAAGGUUUCCGGUGAUUCUGAAACGUCCAAUAUACGAACACGCGUCAAUGCGGACAAAUACAAUACACUUCAGGAAUUCCUGUCCGAUAUCGAAAGAGCAUCAGCUGCUGUAAUUGAACGCAAUCAAACCCCGCCUCAUGGCGCGACAGACGACGGCUCGCCUCUGACGGAGGUGGUCAACCGCAUCGCAGCAUUCAAAAAGCACAUGAACAGCUUAAUCGGCCAGUCGUUCAUCAACCAGGCCGAGGUCAAGACCGAGGCCGUUGAAGACGAUGCCGACGAAUCGGCAGAACGUGACGCGAUCAACAUCUGCCCGCGAGAGGAUAAGCCGGCCUUGACACUAUUUGGGAAUCCAGCGAAUCCCAAACAACUGUUCUCGAGUCUUCAAAAAUCGGUGAAGGUGCCGUUGCAAUCCGAAUCGGGGCCUGCGAAGUUUAUUGAGGUGCAGGAGGAGCUGCGUGAAGUUGCCUUGCCUAAUGGCAUCUCAGCCACCAAGGUUAUCCCUUACAAUCUCGAUGCAUCGCAACUCCCAAAGCGAACAUUUGGGGAAGUGUUCGCACCACGUGAGACAUUGCCCAAGCUGGAACCUCCCCGCAAACGACCUCAUCCCGCUACUUCGGCCACAUGGUUGGAUCGAUUUGACGCCGCCUUCGAUGUCGGCACAUUCCUAGGAGACCGCAGCAAUUAUUGUCUAGCGUCUCUACCCACAACCGACUGGCUUCAUUAUGGAUCGGUCACAGCGUCACCGGCUUUCUGGGACCGUGUAGAAAAUCAGAGUGCUGAGGCAGAUAUUGUUCACAGGCAUGGCGAUCCUGCGCUUUGGACUGGUCCGGAUUCGUCUGCUUUCCAGGGUGUAUUCUCGUCAUUUGCGCCGACUUACGACAGCUCUAACGCAAUUGUUCAGGCUGCUUCAAAGAACAUGGUUUGGUGGGGUCGACGAGGUGCGAACCGUCUGAACAAAUUGCUGUCGGUCCCUUUGGAAAGCGGCGCGGAAGAAGCCGCUGCGCAGAACGAGACGCAAACUGCCCAGCCUGGGAACAUUGGUGAACUUGAUGAGAGCAUCUUGGAUGAAAUGGUUGCCUCAUUCAAUGCCGAAGACUUUGCCAGGAACGUUACCGACCCCGACACGUCUGGCGAGGUCGACCUAGAAUCCAAAGAUAUCAAAGAUACCCUUCAAGAAAUCUCGGAAUUGCUUGACACUCUCAGUUCUUAUCAACGAAUCCGGAGUUUCAAACUCCCGGCCGACCUCCAACCGCCUGGUCCCCCCAUCCCUGAGUUGAAUGAACCUCUUGGUCUUGAUCUGGGUGACGUGAACACACCCUCUGAGGCUGAGACUCUUGUGUACGAGACGCUCAAGUCCAGCCUCGCUGCAAUCAUCAGUAACCUGCCACCAUAUGCAGUUGCUAAAUUGGACGGCCACCAACUCGCUGAAUUGAACAUCAGCCAAAAAAUUCUCGUUGACGCUCCGGACUAUAAUGGUACGAUGGAGAAGGAUGAUUACACUUUAUCACAAGAGCGGGCUGCAGCAUUGAUUGCGGCAGCCAAUGCCGCGAAUCGGACCUCGACACCCUCUGCUUCACGGCAUAGCAGCUUCCAAGGCUCUCACGGUGGCUACAACCAACGUGCCUUUGCUUCCAACGCGCGUGCUCCGCCGCAAACAGGUUUCCAGGUUACACCUCAGCACCCACGACAGCCCUCUGUGCCCGGCACAUACACGCAUGCAUAUGGCGCGGGUCGUCCGCCAAGCACGCCCAGUCAGCGUCCAGCUACCGCCACCCAAUAUGCUCCUAUAAACCCUCAAUACAGUCAAGGCAGCCCGGCUCCUCCAUACCAACGGCCCGCUUCCAACGGAUAUGCCCAAGUGUCCCCGCAGCCCUACACACCACGGCCCGGGCAGCCAGGAGCAUACAACGCCACACCACAGGGACGUACGCCAUAUGCUACUGCGACCGCUAACCAGCGAUCUUCGUUCCCAGGCCAAACCCCCACACAAGGCUAUUCCAACUCUGCUGCCAAUGCUACAUACUCUCGCAGCGCCGCGGAACAGGCGGCACUAAUGGAUCGGAACAAGGCACAACUGGCAGCCCGCCAGGCCCAUCACAGCCCCACGCCUCCCCAGCCUCUGGAUGCUCGUGCCUCCCAAGAAGGCAGUUUAACGCCAGGGAAACAGAAUGGCACACCUCUUUCGACAUAG